AGAAAGCCUUAGACUGAAUCCCAUUGUCAAACAAAGAUGGUUUAAAAAAUGAAAUGAAGCCCCCACGCAAGCGAAACCGAUUCGCUGCAAACGGUCCAAUUCAUCGCCGGCAAACAGUUUACCGUUGCCGUCCCGUACCCGUUGCUCUAUCUAUUAAAACAGAGGCACCAGCAUGCGGACAAACACCUAUUUUUUUCUUUAUUUUGUGGGAGCGCGCGAAGAAAGUUUCGAUCUUUAAUUACAUCGCCGGUGGCUCCCUACUUCGAAGACUGCGGUGGUUGGAUCCCAGAGCUUUUUGUUUAGGAUUUUGAGACAGAUAUCUUCGCUGCAUCCGAUGACACAUCUUUAUCAGCAUGUCAAACAUUCUGUGGACACCAGCAUGUCCAAAAUUAGAUCAUCAAAAGCACCUAAAAUCAAGGUUUACGAGCUCCCUGGAUCCGUUUUCUUUAGAACCUACCCUUUCAAUCCAUAUAUGAAAAAAAGUCAUAGAUCUACAGUGGCUUCUACUACCCCCUCAACGAAUCAGUCGCAUAAUAAUAGUCCUGAUGCAAAAGACACUUCUUCACCUCUUUAUUCUACAUUAGCUGAUGGGAAUAUUGGAUGCAUGAAUGAAUUUCGAGCUGUCAAUAAUUUUGAAAACCAGUCAGUGCAAGAACUAGAAAAGUAUUGUGUACACAAGGCAGAAGAAACUACACAAACAAUCAAUGGUUGUAUGAAGGUUGCUGAAGAAAUAAGAGUAGUUUCCUCAAGGACUCUUAGCAGCAUUCAUCAGCAGGGUGAACAGAUUAUUAGAACUCAUUCAACAACAGUAACCAUUGACCAUGAACUUAAUAGGGGUGAAAAGAUUCUGGGAAGUCUUGGGGGAGUUUUUUCUAGGACAUGGAAACCUAAGAAAAGUCGUGAAAUAAAAGGACCGGUUCUUUCAAAUGAUAAUUUGCUCUUGAAAAAGAGAACUAAUAUGGAGCAAAGAACAAAGCUUGGAUUAAAUGCUAUAAGGUCUCGAUCAAAUCCUCGACACCCUUCAUCAGCCCUAGAAAGAGUUGAGAUGGAGAAAAUGAAACAAGAUGAUGCUCUUUCAAAUUUGAGUGACUUAUUAAGUGAACUAAAAGCCAUGGCUAUAGGCAUUGGAUCUGAAGUUGAAAGGCAGAAUAAAGCUUUGGAUCACAUGCAAGAUGAUGUUGAGGAACUAAAUGUAAGAGUAAGAGGGGCCAACCUUCGUGCUCGCUAUCUAUUAGGAAGAUAAAAAUAAGUUUUGUUGGCAAUUCUGUAUUAUUCAUUUCUUCAUCAUUGGUAAAAUUUUUCUUUUGCUUUUAGAAUUGGAUCAUGUUUUUUUGUAAUUUAUCAAUUUCCAACCCUUAUAUUGGGUCACUGUAAUGAACUUUG